AUGGUUAAAAAUUCUCAUCAAUUAUCCGUAUUUCUUGAAAAUACUGGUUUACUUGUACAAGAACUUCAUUAUGGGCCAUAUUCUCGCUUUUGGUGGGACUUCUCAAAUGAAAAUAACAUUGCAAAUUUUCCAAUUCGUUUGGGACAGCAAGUUAAAGUUUCUCUCAAUGGACAUGACUUCUUCUUGACAGUUAGAAAAGAAACAGGAAGUCUAACUCUUCCAGAAUAUUAUUGUAAAAUUGGUCAAAUUGAAGUAACUGAAACUAGUCUGACAAAAGCAAUUUCAACAGCAUAUGCAAAAAUACUAAAAAAUGAUGUUGAGUUUUUCCCAGUAAUGUGUUUAACUGGAAAAUAUAAAAUUUUUUUAUAUGCUAUUGGUUGUUCUUUAAAUGAAAAAUGGAGAUAUGCAGGAUCAGAUUUUCAAUCUUCAAUUAUUCAUACAUUUGAAAAAAAACAGGGAAUUUUUGUAUCACGAAUUGAAAACAAUAAGUAUAUUGUGAAAAUUUAUCAAAAUUUUCAAUUAAAAAAAAGAUUUAUUGGCAUUAGUCCAGAUGAUGUUUGGAAAAAAGUAGAACAAAUUCAAAAAUAUAAUGGAACUCAGCUUUUUGGUUUGAUAAUCUGA